UGGCGCUCCUCUCCAACUCGAGGAGGACACGCACGUUGCCACCACAGGCUACGCAAAAUUCUCUCCCUUCCUCCUCCACCACCUCCACUCCGACGAUCCUCCUCCUGAUCCUGUGCCGGCCGGCGAUGGCGUACCGGUUGCUGGAGCUCACGCUGGUCUCCGCGAGCGACCUCAAGAAGGUCACUCUCUUCUCGCGCAUGCAUGUCUACGCCGUCGCCUCCAUCUCCGGGAGCAACGUCCCCAUGCCCAUGCACGGCACCCACGCCGACCGCAACGGCGGCAGCAACCCCGCGUGGAACACCGUGCUCCACUUCCCCGUCCCCGCCCGCUUCGACACCCGCGGCCUCGCCCUCCACGUCCAGCUCCGCGCCCGGCGCUCCUUCGGCGGCCACCGCGACGUCGGGGACGUGUUCGUGCCCCUCGACGACCUCCUCGCCGGCGCGCACGACGGCGGCGAGCCGAGGCCGGCUAGCUACCAGGUGCGCCGCCCCAUGUCCGCCCGCGCGCACGGCACGCUCUACUUCUGCUACAGGUUCACCGACGUCAAGCAUCCCGCCCUCGAAGCCAUCGAGGCCGCGACCGCGACCGCGACGAGCAGCGCCACCAAACAAGGGCAGUACGUGCCCAUGUACGCGCAGGACUCUGAUGAGAAGGCGACGGAGAAGAGCGUGUCGUCGCCGGUCACCGCCUACCCGCCGCCGUCGAACGCCGUGGUAGCGCACCCGCCGGUCGUGCCGUACGGCGCGCCGUACGGAGGAGGGUACCCACCGCAUCAGCAGCAGUACGGUUACGCGGGUCAGCCGCCGUACGCGUACAACGCCGGCCCACCGCCGCCGGCGACGUACAGCUACGCGGCGGCACAACAGCCGGCGGCGAGGAAAGGUGGACGAAUGGGCAUGGGCCUCGGACUCGGGCUCCUCGGCGGCGCGGUCGGCGGGAUGAUGCUCGGGGAAAUGGUCGGCGACAUGGAGGCUGACGCCGCCUACGACGCCGGGUUCAACGACGCACUGGAAUUUUAGGUCUUUUGUCGUGUUUUCCUGUGUACAUGGGCAAUGCACCUGUAUAAAUUUGUCACGUGCAUAAGAAAUUUCACGAUCCAACAAUGGGAAACGCGAUGUCAGGCCACAAGGGUAAGCAGAUCCUAAAUCAACGCUAUAUAUAUAUA